UCUAAUUUGUUUUGUGAUUUCGGUAAAGUGUUCAAACAAAAAAUGUUAGUUUCUUAUUUUCGUACGAUAUUUUUCUUCGGACUUGGAGUUAUAUUUCUAAGCAAACAAUGCUGUGGCUUAAGCUUGAACUACACAGAACCACAACAAAUCGCUGAACUCAUUGAAUCCCAGUCGAUCGGUCGAAUUGUCAACAAACCACAUCACGGGAAUACCGCUAGCGAAAUUGUAGAUCACCGAAAAGAUACGGUUAUCUUUGAAGAAAUGAAUGACAUUUCGAAAUCACCAGACGAACAUCUUCCCGUUACGUAUAUACAAACAUCUGAUAAUUAUCAGCAACAUAUAGAAUCGAAUUUGCCAAUAUCUGAGCAGUAUCAUUAUUCAUCAGAUAGCAGUCGAACAACUUUUAAUAACAUUUUAGUCACCGAGAAACUCGAAUUUGUAUCGAACCCAACGACAACGUUUCACAAUGUCCCCGAUUUGCACAUUCACCAUCAUUAUCACCACGUAACUCUCAAAACAACUCCGCCUCCAUCUGUGCAAUAUUCAACGAACGACGAUUCACCAGAAGACAUCAAUUUCCAAACAUCGCCGGAUACAAUAAGACCUAGCUUUGCGUCUCCUGACCUGUUCAACUUGUUAUCUCAAGGGAAUGACGUUAAAAACAAUUUAAGAGCGAAUGACACUAUUGACAAUAAAAUCCCCAAUAUAUCAAUAAUUACCCAUUUUGGACAAGAUGAUAAGACCGAUAGAAUACUCGAUUUAAUGCCCGUCAACAAUGAAGAUCAUACAGUAAAUAAUACUACUUCUAUGGAUAGUAAUGUAUCUUCUACUUCAUCGCCAUUUGAGAACGAUAACUCGGAAUAUGGUGUGCCAUUAAAUUAAUUUUUUUAUUAUUUUAACCUCGAAUGUAAUUUCUAUAAUUAAAUAAAAAUAUAUGUUAACCAUCUGAUUUAAAACAAUAUAAAAACUUCCCCAAAGUGAGUU